UUCCGCGGGCGGCGCGGGCUCCAUGAGGCGGUCAGAGCUACCAUGCGUGUUUUGGCUGAGGCCAGCGCUCAGUGUCUGCGGCUCGCCUUCGUGCUGAUGGUGGCGGCGGGCGCAGCGCCCUCUCCAGCUCUGAGCGCGGGCUGUCCGGAGCGCUGCGUGUGCGACGAGCAGCUGGUGGUACAGUGUGCCGGUCAGCACCUGACCACCUUCCCUUCUGACCUGCCGCUCGCAACGCGCCAGCUCAUCCUGAGCAACAACCGCAUCGGCGAGCUGCCACCGCUGCAGCUCAACUACCUGUCCGACCUGGUGUACCUAGACUGCAGCAACAACUCACUGACCGAAAUCUCCGAGUCUACGUUCGGCAACCUGCGCAAGCUCGCCUACCUGGACCUAUCGUUCAACGCGCUGGCGCACAUCGAAGACCGCACGUUCGGUGCGCUCGCCAGUCUCGUCAUGCUGCGGCUCACCGACAAUCCAAAUCUGUCCGACAUCCAUCCCGAUGCUUUCGCCGAGAAUGAAGCGCUGCAGGUGCUGGAUGUAAGCCGCAACAACCUGACGGUGCUAAACGUGAGCACGUUGGUCGCCCUGCCCGCUCUGCGCGCUCUCGGGCUCAGCGGAAACCCGUGGCGGUGUGACUGUGACACCGAAGACCUGUGUCUGUGGGUGCACAUCGAGGGCUUCAAGUUUCAAGAUGAGGGACAGACGGUAUGCCAGAGUCCUGUAGAGAUGCGGGGUCGACGCCUGGCUGAGAUGGGCAUGCAACUGCGCACCGAGUGCCACCAGGGCCUGGGCUACUGGGACUACUUGUUCUUCAUUGCCAUUGGCUUUGUCAUCUUCUCAGCGGGCACAGUUUCAGCCUGGGUCAUGGGUGUAUUCAUGGUGCUCUAUGAGCGCUACAGCAGGAGGAAAAGUGAGGAUGUGGACAGUGAGGACGAUGAGAAAAAUGCCAUCCGAAGCUGUGUGAGUAACCACGGCAAUGGGGACCUGACCAAACCCAGCAUGCAGGUGUAA